AGAUUUGUAAGUACAGUUUUCAUCUAUUUGGAGAGUUAUUCAUAUAUGUUAACUGAAUAUUGAUUAGUAUCGUUUUUAAGACUGGAUUAUAACAUAAUUAUGGCAUCUAUUAUCAGAAGACUGUCAAAUGCUGAACGAGGUAAAGUUGCUCGAGUAUCUCAGGAACCUUCAUCAGAUACUGGCGUGAUUAGCGAAAUGUCGAUAAACAACGGGGACGAGCCUGUACAGGCGUCCAGUGACAGCUUCUGGGAAGUGGGAAAAUAUGCUAGAACUGUGACCAGAAUUGACAAUGGAUAUAAACUUUGUAGUAGUUUAAAACAGUUAAUUACCUCACGAGCUGAGAUUGAAAAAGCUUAUGCUAAACAAUUAUCACAGUGGUCAAAAAAAUGGAAUGAUUUCUUGGAUAAAGGUCCAGAGUAUGGUACAACACAAGGCGCAUGGCGGGGAGUGCUGGAAGAAUCAGACAAACUUGCUGAUUUACACACCGAGGUUGGCGACAAACUGGUCAACAACGUUACAACAUCAAUCAAACAAUGGCAAAAGGAAAACUAUCACAAGUCCAUGAUGCACUUCAAGGAAACAAAAGAACUUGACGAUCAGUUCAAAAAGGUACAAAAACCGUGGGAGAAGAAGUUGAACAAAGUGCUAACAGCAAAGAAAGAUUACCAUGCAGCAUGUAGAAAUGAGAAGAGUACAGCAAAUCAGGAAAAUAACGCACGGGCUGACACUGCCAUGUCAUCAGAUCAGAUUGAGUCGGGCACGGCUUCACCACGGUUAAAGAAGUUGCAAGAGAAGUUGAAAAAAUGUCAGAUAGAGGUAGAAUCAACUCAGGAGAAAUACAACGCCUGCUUGAAUGAUCUGAAUGGAUAUAACUCAAAAUAUAUAGAAGAUAUGACUGAGGUGUUUGAAAAAUGUCAAGCUUUUGAGAGACAAAGAAUAGAUUUUUUCAAGAAGAUAAUGUUUGAUAUUCAUCAAUGUUUAGACCUCUCUGUAGAUUCAAGAUAUUCAUCAGUAUACACAACGCUCCAUUCCACAAUAAGUAAUACAGAUGCAGACAAAGAUCUCCGCUGGUGGUCAAACAAUCAUGGUGCUGAUAUGGCUAUGGCUUGGCCAGUAUUUGAGGAGUAUUCACCAGAUUUAAAACCCAUACACGGUAAGGAGAAGAAGUCACAGAUUUCGACAAGCGAGGGUGGCAUCACUAUAACCAGCAUCAAACAGAACCCGGACCACUUUGUUCCGUCAACAUCAUCCACCACGAACAACCGACAAACUAGCCGUACCUCAACUCACUCCCAGCAAUCUCAUUCAUCACAACAGGGCUACAACAACACGGUGGCAGAAACGUCCGAUACAGUGAAUACGAAUGCUUCCAGGCAGGACUCGUAUGACGAGUCGUUAAAUCCGUUUGGCGGUGAAGAAAAAGUAGAUACUGAGGGUGAGAAAGACAAUGCAAAUACGAAUGCUGAAAAUAAAUCUAUAGACAAUGCUCCUGCGCCACCACAGGUAGCGAGCAAUCCUUUUGGUGAUGCAGAAUCCGAUGAUGAGCAUGGAUCGCAAGGGAGUGUACCGACCCAAGGGAGUGGUGGCUGCAUGUCGGUACCGGCAAGGGUGCUGUACGAGUACAAAGCGGAGGAGGAAGAUGAAAUAAGUGCCGGAGCAGGUGAUAUAAUUACCAGACUGUCUGACCAAGAUGAUAUGGGCUGGGUAAAGGCAAUGUGCAAAGAUGGGAGAGAAGGCCUGAUUCCCUUCAGCUAUCUGGAGGAUCUACAAUAAUACAGUAUACAAGGAAGGGAACCAGCAUUUAUCUCAUUAACAUAAUUGCCAAAUAUGGAUGUGUAGUUUUCGUAACACAAGUAUAGCAGUAUACAAACUGUAUGAUGAUAUGUUAAAACACAGUAAACGCACCGAGGUAGACGUUGAAGAUAUUAAAAAAAGUUGUUAUUGUUACACAAAAUUUUAUAUAUAGAUGUAUAUGUAAUAUGUAGAUAUACUAUUGUUAUUGUUAUAUCAUUUUAAAGAAAAAUAUUUUUCUCCCUUGUGCGGGGACAAAAAAUGUAGACAUUCACAAAACAGCCUAUAUUUACUAGAAUAAUGACUGUUAUAGAUUAGCAUCAUUUAUGAAAUCUUUUUUAGGUUCAGAGGUGUGGGGGAAGGGUUUUGUCAGGGAUGCAGUUUUGUAUAGACAUUGUGGCAUAAGUGCUAGGUGCUGACAUAACGGCCUCUAUUUCGAUUCCCUGUCCUAGACUCUUAAAAAAAAAAAUUUUGGUGAAACAGACGGGAAGGUGGUUCCUUAUGCUGACCAGCAAUGGCUGCAUCCAAGGAGGUCCAGAUAGAAAUUAAACAAACAAGACAUGGUCAAAGGAAAGCUUUAUUUCAUUUACCACUGCAGUAUCUAGGUUAUAAUUCAAUUUUGUGUGAAAAGUUCGGAAGUGCAAUGGUAACUGCAGAUGGCAGUGUGAAUGAAAUUAGUAAAAUUUAUUUUCUCUUGCAUUCACUUUGUGAUGUGAAUUAUUAAGUCGGAAGCAUUAUGGGUGUAGUAAAAGUACAUUAACAAUUUUGUUAAAGAUAAAAAUGUGAAAAGUGAUUGUGCUGUAGAACAUGCCCAAUGGUUAUACAUCUGAAUUUGGAGACCAGUCAGAGAACGGUCAAUUUGAAGAUCAGGCCCAGAGUUAUCCAAUCAGAUGCCCAAGUUUUGUGACUGGUUCCAAAACUUGUCUUCAUAGCUUUGGACUAGCUUUUAAAAGGGGCAAGGUAGAACACUAUUGAAAGUAAUUGAAUUGAUUUGUGAAAUUUCUAAUAAAUUUCAACAGAAUGUAAAAAUUGGCUUAGCAUGAAUAUGUUUAAAAUGCUUCAGUGUGGAAGGUAACAAAAUUCUUUUUAAAAAUGCUAGAGAACAAGAGGCAGUUAUCAAAAAAAAGAAACCCUUAAAUAAUGAUCUGUUUUGAAAAAAAAAUACUCAACUGUAUAAAGUGAGCUGUGUAGUGAAAAUAAGCCGAUGAAAAUGUGAAAUAAUCACAUAAUUACAUUUAGAUUGUUCUGAUUUAGUCUUAGAUUUUGCAUAUGACACCAUAUUUGGUAAAAAAUGCUUCUAUGUAAGUAAUUUGAUUACAGUACUGUUUAGAUAAAGGGCAUUACAGAAAUUGUUGUAUAAAAAAAUUGGUAUUUCGUACUCGUGAUGCAUGACAGUCAUCCAGCAAUUUUUAUUUAAGGCGGCAAUUGUGAAUAUUUCAUGAUUUUCAUUGGGUAAAGCUGUGUAUUGCUAAUGGACGUUUAAAAGCUGUACAAAAAUGCAAAAAGGUUUCAUAUAUUAAAAUAUAAAUUUUAUUCCAGUCAGACUGACUAUGGAAUAAAGAUUAUGUAAUUAACAUUAUGUUUCUUUUCGAAUAUAGAUUAUGUAAUUAACAUAAUAUUCCUUUCGGAAUAUAGAUUAUGUAGUUAACAUUAUAUUUCUUCUGGAAAUACAGAUUAUAUUUCUUUUGAUAUACAUUAAUGUAAUAAUGUAGUAAUUGUUCAUUUAUAAAUGUGUAAUAUAUAAACAUUUGAUACUUUUUUUGUACAAAAUAAUGUUACAUAAAUAAUGUUAAUUAGGAAUAGAAUGAAUGUUAAAUGACUUUGGCGGUUCCGUAAGAAUGUCAUAUUUGUAUUUUAAUCUUCGGCCCGCCUAUAAGAAGUUUCAUGCACAAAGUAUUUUGUAUAUUUAUACUGUAUUCAGAGUUUGCUAUAGUUUGUAACAGCUUUUUUAUGACUGAUAUUUUCAGACAAGGGGGAAUUGAUUUUUUGUCCAAAGAAUGUUGCUAAAAAAGAGGGCAUACUAAAGUACAAAAAUAUUUCGUUAUAGUUGAGUUAGGAAUUACCAGUAAUUGAAAUCUUUAAAUUAUGUAGCCAAAAUGUUAUUAUUUGUAACUGUAACUUUAAACUUCCUAAAAUAUCAUUUUACAUAUUACCCAGGUGAAUAUCUGCACGUAAAAUUGUAACUCUUUAGUUAAGAGCCUUUUCAGUUGAAAGGAGAAAAAAAAUGCUGCAAGGUUGAAAGUCACAGAGAAACUAUUACAUACAAUAGUUAAUAUGUAUUCAGAGAUAGGGUGUUGAUGUAUAAUUUGAGCAGUGCCAUGAGAAAACCAACAUAGUGGCUUUGCGACCAGCAUGGAUCCAGACCAGCCUGCG